AUGCCUGCCGCACCUAAGCAAAGAAAGAUCGCCAUUGUUGGCAGUCGCUCCGUGGGCAAAUCAUCCCUCACCGUUCGUUUUGUCGAACACCACUUCGUCGAGAGCUAUUACCCUACUAUCGAGAAUACCUUCAGCCGGAUUAUCAAACACAAUGGACAGGACUACGCAACUGAGAUCGUGGACACUGCAGGACAGGACGAAUAUAGCAUCUUGAACUCCAAGCACUUCAUUGGAAUUCACGGUUACAUCAUCGUCUAUUCCGUGACAUCGCGUCAGUCAUUUGAGAUGGUGCGGACGAUCCGGGACAAGAUCCUCAACCACCUUGGAGCGGAUGAUGUACCUCUCGUUGUAGUAGGAAACAAGAGUGACCUCAAGCCAGAUCACCGCCAAGUAUCUCUUGAUGAAGGACGACAAUUAGCAGAGGAGGUUAACUGUGCAUUCACUGAAGCAAGUGCUUUCCUUGAUUUCAAUGUCGCAAAGGCUUUUGAUCUCAUGAUCGGUGAAGUUGAGAAGUCUCAGAAUCCCUCACAGCCCACUGGCAACAACAAGUGCUCGUUGAUGUGA